AUGUCGCCUUAUUUGGCUGGACUCGGAAGCCAAUGCACUCGACUUCAUAGGUUUAAUCUGGCAAAUCUUGGAAAACUGGAAAUUGCUGACAAUUUGCAAGAAAGUGGGGCUGUGGGUAAUAUGGCCAAAGCCUUUGUUGAAGCUUGGAGAUUGUAUGGUAAUAAAAGGGCUGUCAUUAUGUUUUUCGCUAAACCAGGUUCAUCUACUGUUACAGAUCAAAGAUGGUUGGAAUAUGAAAUAAGAGAUAUUGAUAAAUCAAUUCCGAUUAUAAAAGGAGGAUUUCAAGACAUUAUUGAAAGAGCUAAACUGGAGGACACUUGUAUCGCGGCAACAAGACAAGAAAUAUUCCGAAAUGACGUAAUUGAAAAAUUACAGAAAUAUUUCCCGGAUGGAGACGAAGCUAUAAAGCGGAUUCGGGACAAAUUUGCUGGAGUCUAUGCUCUUGAUGUGGGCUGUGAUGGAUCAAACAAUGUUCGGAAAGCUUUACGGAACCCGGACAAAUAUAUUUUAAGACCAAGAAAGCUUGGAGGAAAGGAUUUAUUUGGAGAUGACAUAGUAAGGACACUAAAUGAAAUUGACGAAGACGAAAGAAGAACAGGGUACAUCUUGAUGGACAAAACACAACCGCUUGUAGUAAAUAACUACACAGUGCAAAGUGGAAAAGACUCUGAAAUGCGGGAAAUGGUCAAUGAAGUUGAAAUAUUUGGUGCUGUUUUAAGUAAUGCAGGGAAUUUGCUUCUCAGCAGUACAUGUGGGCAUAUCGUCAAAUCUAAGAGAGUGUCUCGUAUUGAAAGUGGUAGUGGUGUUGACAAUACUGUUGAGUAUAUAGAUAGUCCAUUUCUUGUGUAG